AGUUAACGAGUCGUUUGGCUGUGGGAGUCGCGACUUCCCUCGUGAUGAUGAAGCUCCGCCCCGUGAUGGUAAAAGGCUGCGCACUUGUUGGAAAAGUCAGGUACCGUCCGUCCUAGAUACCUCCCUCAGUGAUCCCAUCUGUCACCGCUCCACAAGGAGUCUACGGCAACGUCAGAGCCAAGAUGGGGCGGAAGGAGAUUGUGUGCAGUUGGAAGAAACCCGUCAAUAACAUCAAGGAUGUGUUUGACUUCAAGGGCAAGAUGGGAUCGGGGUCGUUUUCCGAAGUUUUCAUGGUGAGAGAGAAGAAAACGGGGAAAUUGUUUGCUCUGAAAUGUCUGAAAAAAAAGCACCUCACCCACAGCAACCUGGAAAACGAAAUUAACGUUUUAAAGAGGAUCAAGCACGACAACGUGGUGGGGCUGGAGGAUUUUUACGAGAGCCGGACACACUAUUACCUGGUCAUGCAACUGGUGUCCGGUGGGGAGCUUUUUGAUCGGAUCGUAGAUAAAGGCGUUUUCACCGAGAAGGAUGCCAGCCUGGUGAUCAAACAGGUGCUGGAGGCUGUUAGCUACCUGCACCAAAACAGUAUUGUGCACAGGGACCUCAAGCCCGAAAACCUGCUGUACUACGACGACGACCAAAAUGCAAAGAUCAUGGUUAGCGACUUUGGCCUUUCCAAGACGUUGGAGCACGGGGUGAUGUCUACAGCAUGCGGUACACCGGGAUAUGUCGCUCCAGAGGUUUUGGCCCAAAAACCAUACAGCAAAGCUGUUGACUGUUGGUCCAUCGGAGUCAUUACGUACAUCUUGCUGUGUGGAUACCCUCCAUUCUUUGAGGACAAUGAGACGCAGCUCUUUUCAAAGAUCAUGAGAGCUGACUACGCCUUUCACUCUCCCUUUUGGGAUGACAUCUCCGAGUCAGCGAUCGACUUUAUUAAGAAUAUGAUGGAGAAAAACCCCCUGAAACGAUUCACCACUGAACAGGCCCUGCGGCACCCAUGGAUUGCUGGAAAAACAGCUAAAGACUUGGAUAUUUACCGUUCGGUCUGUGAGCAGAUGGAACGGAAUUUUGCCAAAUCUAAAUGGAAGCAAGCCUUCCACGCCAGCGCCGCCAUCUACCACAUGAAGAAACUCCACAGGGAGCACUGCUCCGCUGCGCUCUCACUGCCCCACAUCAUUGUCCAGACCUCGUCUCAGACUGACCUCCAAUGUCUGGGGACCUGCAGUGGUGACGUUCUAGACCCAAAUAGAAAUCCUCUCCACGCCUCCCAUCAUCUGACUUCCCAGCCUAACGGGAGUCUCUGCCCUCCUCUGAGAGGUCAUCAUAGUGAACCCAGGUACCUGCUAGCAGAACCAAGAGAGGUCCACUCUGUGGACUGUGAGAAUGACACUACAUCCAAAAGCCCGGGAGCCGCCGUGGCUGAGAGAAAGGAGAUGCCGCUUCAAUCUGGUGUUUGUUCUGUCAUGUGAUUGACCCCAUUCUCAUAGAGACACUCAACUCGUCCACUGUGCAACACGUCGGAAGGUCUUCUCUCAUGACUGACCAUUUGGAUGACAUCCAUUGAAAUGUUUAUUUGAAGUUGAUCUGUCGGAAUUGAUGGCAAAAACACAAGUUGAACAUCAAAGAGCCCGAUUUUGUAAGUCACUAGUGUAUCAUCAGUAAGCUAUUAUAAAUAAUGAGGUUUUGGAGUUUGGAAUAUGCAAGCAACGUUUUUCAACGUUUAUUGGUUUCGCCCCCAGGCAUUGUUCAUGGAAAGCACAUGUUUUUAUCAACAUGUAUGCUAUCUUCUCUCAUUGCAUUUACACAGGCGGCAAUUAUUUGCGCAGCGUUUUGAUAUUUGUGGGUUGGCCCGGUCAAAUAGCGGGUCUCCACCCUACAUAAAUGAAUCUGUAAAAUGAAUGAAUCUAAGUGCCACAACUCUGUAGAAAAAGUCCAUAUGUAGUGAAAUGCACAUUUUGGAUAUAUUCAUUUCCUUUUUCCCCUCAAUAAAUGCAGAUUAGUCUGUC